UUCGCAGUACAGUAGCGCCGCCUGGUGGCUCGCGCGGACCCUACUUGUACAUCGCGCGCAUGAUAGGAGGUUAGUAGUAUUGAUACAGGCCGAUGCUGUCAGGCGCCAUAAUUGUUGAGACUUAAGGCAGUAGGAGGUCCAGCAUGAUUCAGCUGUUGCUCCAUCAUGCACUCCUUAGAGAGAGAGAGUGGGCGAGAGAGGGAGAGAUUGAGAAUGUAGUCUAUAAGCAACUCCCCUGUUUGUAAUUAGUCAUUCAUAAUUAAAUGGUUGUUAAUUCCAUAUCCAUGAUACUGACUUUGAAACUAGCGUCUUUAAAGUGGAUAGCGUUUGAAAAUUCAUUGAGCUCGAAAUAAAUGCUAUAUUUAGCUAUUGGCUACAUAAAAAAAUUGCUUCCCAGCUAAACACCAUGUUUACGUUUCGGGAGAAUUUGACUCGAGCGCAGUGCUCUGGAUCAGGCAACACCACUGUUGCAAUGUUGGCAAAACGGCACGUCGGGCCGACUAGAUUCGGAAAAGAUUCACGGAACAUUAGUGGGUAGACUAAAGUCUGAACAAGGAGCGAGAUGAGCAAGGGACGCGUUGAGUCGUCCAUACGUAGCACAGAGUUAUCUGCGCAGUUUUACGUAGCGCACCGAAGAUAUCUUUGGGGAAUGUCGUAAGUUUUGUAUUGUUACCCUGGCGACGCGUCUCUUGGCAGCACGCCCACAGAGCCUUGUUUUAUUCAGGUACUUCCGUCGGAGAAAGCCCAUCGCUCAGAGCCGGGGCUAUCAAUGCACUGAUUGUCCGACGCUAUAAACGGGAUAAACAAUCGACCUGAAGCUUGUUAGGCAAAAUGAAAAUUCAAACUCUGUUGUGAUUUCAGGUGAACUGGAAGGUAGCGCGUGAUUGUCUAGCAAACUAGAGUAGUAAGUUUCUGGUUAAUUCAACUUUAGAAGAGGAGGGGGGUUUCCAGCCAUGGCGACUUUGACCUUAAACCGAAGCGAACGGGAGAAGGGGGCAGUCGCUAGCGCCCCUGAACUCGGAGCGAAGAAAGAUACCGCCGCGAUAUCUUCCCCUAGCCAGGCGAAGGACAGUACACGGCUUCCGCAACUCGAGGUCAAAGACAGACCGAGGAAGAAAAAGAAGAAAAACGACAAAAAGAAGUCGAGCAGCGGCUCAAAGAAACGAGGGUACUCCAGUACGCCCUCAAACUCCGACGAUGCAGAUAAAGCGCCAUCCGAGACGGUCUCCAGCAGCUCUUCCAUGCAGAGCGGCCCGGACGCGGAGAGGCUCGCUGUCCGAAAGCCUAAGGUCAAAGGUCAGCCUUUCAGAGCGUGCACAGAGAAGGGAAGCGGGAGGAUACAGGAGGAGGAGGAGGAGCCAGCUGUAGCCAUGCCCCCUGAUCCUCCCCCAGCCCCGCCUCCAGGGGACACUGGCCCCAGCGGUCCGGCCCAGGAGAGCCUGAGGUGGGAGGGAGUUCUGGCCGACCCGGCGGCUGAGGAGGAGAGGCUGGAGGUAUACAGAGCCAACCGCCGCAGACGCUACUACCUGAGCACCCAGGUGAAGCUGCACGGAGAGGCCACGCCCACCGCGUCGGCCACGCCCACUCUGGGUCAGGGGUGGGGCCACUUAAUUUAGGGCGGAGAGGGGCGGGCGUAGACUCCGUAAACCACCAAACGCUUCACAGUGGUGCGCGGGACCGUUUUCACAAAAACUCCCUCUCUCCUGCUGUCACUCAGGACUAGCUGGGAUGUUUCAGGGGGCGGAGCUUGUGUUGGAGGAGAGCCAAAAACAAAAUGGCAGCUUCUUUAAACCCAGAAAAUCUAUCGGCCGUUUCUAAAAGCAAGAUCUCAAGGAAUACCUCUGAACCAUUAAUCACAAAAAAAUCAGGAGUUAUAAUUAUUCAUUGAUACGUGUUUACAGUACACUAAUAUGCAACACUAUAGGAAUAUAAUAUUACAAAUGCAAUAUACAGUGUGGUUAUGGAAUAAGCUAGGAAAAUGAAGAAUAUUUUCCCAAAGUGAUGCUUUUAAAACACUACAGGACUGUGGCCAUGUUUACUGAUUUCCUGUCAAGCCGAGAAUCAGUUAUCUUAACCUACCAGCAGAGGGCGCUGUGGUAAAAAAAAAAACACAUUACAACACCUGACUUUGUUGAUGGAAGAAGAACAGGUCAUUGAUCUUCAUUGGGGAAAACGAGGACUUGUCAGCUGCAUGUGAUGAUGUGACACAUUAGGAGGACAUUUUGCUGUCUCUGUUGCCGUUGGUGCUAGUGAAUUGUGCCGGGCCUUUGAACUGCUAACUCUCAUCUAAUUUAAACAUGACCUCACACAGAUACUCUGUGCCUUAGGACUGUUGCCAUUAUUAGUAAUGACUAGUGCCUUUUAGUAAUCAUAUUGACACAAUUCUGUUGUCAUUUCUUUGAAAUUGUUGAUACACGUGUAGGCAAAAUUAAUGUGUGUUUUUUGUAGCGAUGCUCACAGACCUCAGGCCUAGGUGUGCUGCUUUGGUGCUUAUGAAAAAAAAACCACAGGGAAGCGCUCAUUUUAAUUUAUAUUUAUUUAUAAACUUUUGCUGAAAAGUCAGCCCAUGGACACAUGAUUAGCUCCCAGUGUAAAACAUCAUGUUAAACUGAAGUGGUGGUGUCCUGAUGUCCCAUAAGAAACACAGUUCUUAUUUAUACAUGGAGACAUCACGGCUAUCUCUCUACCCUCCAAAUACGGGUAUUCCUCUUAUUUAUAAACCAGAUGUUUUUCCUUAAAAAUGGUUGCACACAUUAAAAUAUGUGACUAAAAAACUUUCCUGUUAUUUCAACGUUAAAAGUUAAGGGUUUUUGUA